AUGAAGGAGUUUGAAAGUGAUAGCAGAAUAAUAAGAAGUCUGUAUUUUGAUGUAAGAAAGGAUAAAACUUUACUGCAGAAAAAUAAAAACGGUAGAUUAUACAAGAAAACUGUUGUCGAAGAACACAUAUCGCUUAUCGAGCAACCUGAAUAUAUCUAUAUUGGCCACAUAACUCCAACUACAGGGACGGAAAAGUCAUUUGGAAAAGCACAAUUGAAUUUUUUUGAUAAAAACAAUUUGGAACUAGAUAAUUUGGCUGCUGUGGGUUGUAAUGGUACUGUUGUUAACACCGGUAGUAAAAAAGGUGUUAUUAAUAUAUCUGAUGGAUCAGCUGCUUCAAUUGCUAGUGCAGUAUUAAAAGAUGUAGGAAUAAUUACCACAGAAGAUCCGUUGACAAGAGCUGAUAAAAAAGUGAGUAGAGAGCAAAAGAAAUCUAGAAAUACCGCAAUGAAGGAGUUUGAAAGUGAUAGCAGAAUAAUAAGAAGUCUGUACUUUAAUGUAAGAAAGGAUAAAACUUUACUGCAGAAAAAUAAAAACGGUAGAUUAUACAAGAAAACUGUUGUCGAAGAACACAUAUCGCUUAUCGAGCAACCUGAAUAUAUCUAUAUUGGCCACGUAACUCCAACUACAGGGACGGAAAAGUCAUUUGGAAAAGCACAAUUGAAUUUUUUUGAUAAAAACAAUUUGGAACUAGAUAAUUUAGCUGCUGUGGGUUGUAAUUGUACUGUUGUUAACACCGGUAGUAAAAAAGGUGUUAUUAAGUAUAUUGAGCAGUCCUUUAUAAUGGUAUAUUUGCCAACUACACGCCAGCCAAUUGCCAUUAAGACAUUCAUUCCAUGA